CAAUGGUAUCCUGUCCAGUCUCCACAGAAAUGUGAAUGCUACCCUCCACUUGCUUCCAUCAAAGAAAACGAGUUUCUUUCACCGAAACCAGAGUUAACUAGUUGACUUCCGCAUUUUCUUUUCAAUUUAAAUCAUUUCGCUUAUAAGACGUUUGUUUGCAGGAACAAGGUUAAUGAUUCAAAUCUCUGUGUUCAAGUUUCCAUCGUCUAUCUUUCAUAAACGCAUUUUCAACUAGAAAUCCAGUUCUUAAAAUCCCAAUUUCUUUGUCCAGAAACAAAGAAUCAAGUCCCAUUUUGAACCUUUUUGUUUAGGGUUCUUCAGAUUUCUGAUAUAAAUGAAGAAAGAGCAUUUGAUCUUGACGCUAUGCACACUUUUCGCCAUAGCAAUACCAUUGGUUCAAAGCAUUUCUGAAGGGCCAAAAGGAGUGGAAAAAUGGUUCAAAGAACUCCCACACAAGAAACAAAGGGUCACAAAGCUACAUUUCUACUUUCACGACACCACAACUGGACCGGGUCAAACUGCAUAUCAAGUAUUCGAGUCAAACAUCAGCUCGACCACAAUCACCCAAUUUGGUCGAACCUUCAUGUUUGACAACCCACUAACGGUUGAACCAGAUGCAAGGUCUAUGAGGAUUGGUAAGGGCCAAGGGUUCUUUGGUGCAGCAUCUUUUGAAGAACCACGGUUUCUUAUGAACUUGAACUUUGUGUUUACACAAGGGAAGUUCAAUGGUAGCACCCUACAGUUUCUUGGCACAAACCCGAUACUGAAUCGGGUUCGUGAAAUGUCUAUAGUUGGUGGGACAGGUGCUUUCAGGUUAGCACGUGGGAUCGCCACGGCUCAGACGUAUUUUCUUAAUGAUACGUCGUCUAUCGUUGAGUAUAAUCUUGUAGUGCUUCAUUAUUAAGCUUGCCGACUCGUUAUUUUUGUUCUUUUUUGUUUGGUAAUUUGUUGUAUACGACGAUGUGUUAGUAAAAAUAUGUAUGGGGGUGUCUUCCAUGCUUGUGUCCAAUUCAAGUCCAUGAAUAUAUUAUAUAUAAUAAUAUAUUGAAUGAGGUAUAACAUUUUUAUGUAAAUGUUUAAUCUUUGGUUUUUAUAUGUAUUAUCGUAGAUACGUUAUAUGUUUACAAAUAAAGGUGCUUGUUAUAUACAA